AUGAGGCGAACAAUAUAAAAGCUUCUGAUAUUUAAUGAUUUAAAGUUAAUCAUAAUAUCUGAGAUUGAAAACUCUGUUUGCUGAAACACUCCUGAAUGCUUGAACUAGGGAAACCGAAAUUUUAAAGAGUGGAACAUAUCAAAUUUGCCUGUACGAUUUUGAAGAAUGGAUUGCGAUGGAAAAAAGGAACUGAAGCUGGAUCCUCCGCUCUUUGUGACCUGUGACCUGGACCAAUUUCGCGAUCCGGAUAAGAAACGCGCCGCCAACGAUGCCUGCGAGGAGCUGGACAAGCUGGAUGCCCAGGACGAGAUCAGUGUGUCGAGCAUCAUCUCGGCCCUGUUGCAGCCCAUUGAGCCGUCGGACGAUCAGUACAAGGUGUGCGACUGGGGCAUCAAUCCCAAGCAGUUCCUGCCCACCAAACAGGCGGUCAUCUUCAAGGAGCAGCUGUUCAUCUCGAAGCUGCGCAACACGAACUGCAAGUUGAACGAGAACCUAAAGAUCUUCUUCGAGCGCGAACUGGAGCAAAUCGGGCGCUUCUGUCUGAAUGUGGAGGAGGCCUACGAUGGCUACGUGAUCUUCAGCAGCAGCAAAAUGAAGAAGGGCAAGGGCCUGGUCGAGUGUGGCCACCAGCUGAAGGGCAAGUACGAUGACAACUUCCUGCUGAUCUGCGAGAAGAGGUCAGAGUUCGAUCGAAUCGAUAGCACGCGUGUGGAGAAGACGCUGGAGUUGAGGAACCAUGCUGAUUUGAUGCUCACCGCAAUUCGCGAGACGAAGAUCAACGAGGAGGUGCAGCGGUUUAAGGCUCGUAUCGACAUCAAGGAUCGUGAUCAUAUCUUUGUCCUGGACGGAGGCAUCAUGCUGCUGAUGCGCCACUUGGUCUGCAAUAAUUUCGUGGGCAACUUUGAGUACUACACAAUGAAUUUGUAUGGCCGGGUGUUGCGGUGCAAUCUAGUGGUCUCCAAGGAGCGCAAGGUAGUGCGCAUUUUCUACCGCACCUACAAGAAUGUCGUGCACAUUCUCACCCAGCAGUGCUUCAACGAUGAGCUGCAGGAUGUGGCCGAGACCUUCAUGACCCCUGCGGGUCGGAUAGUACUUCAUUAUUGGCGAGGCUAUAACUAUCUCCUGCACGCCGCCUGUAUGCCGCCGAAGCGAAAGGAAACCAUUCUGCCCAAACUGGAACUGAUGUGGCGCCAAAAUGAGCAGCUGUCACGAAAGUUUCGAGAACUCAAGGCCCUCAACUACGAGAAUGCCACCAAAUAUCUGAAUAGCAAUUCGCAACUGGCCGAUUUUAUGCAGGACUAUGUCCUUAAUCUACUGCGUUACAAGCCCAGCAAUGUCCUCGAGUUCUCCAUCAUGUUCUUCCAGAACAUGGCUAAAGGAUAGGUUUUUUUUCGAAAUUCAUAGUGCUUAGAGCAGUUCCAUCCAUGCUUAUAUUAUUAUAUUUUUUGUUAAAAGUUUCUUGGUUUUAAAUUAAAGUUAAACACGUCAAA